AUGAUGCAAAGGAGAAGUGAGACAGAGCUUGAUCAAGAAGCAUUAAUGAGGGAUGAGGCUUCUAAGAUGAAAUAUAUUCGCACAAGCAAAACUAGAGUCAUUGAAACUGAAAUGAGCUCUAAUUUAGGACUUCAAAUCUUGGUUUUUUACAAUUGAUAUUAUUCAGUCUUGAUGUUCUUCCUAAUUGUGUGUACAUUCAUAUAUAAACAGAUUUACUUUGAUAUUGCCUGAAGCGGAAUUGAUAUCAUUUUUAUUAUACUCUGGGGUAUGGCGGAAUUUUUGAGGCUCCACUAUGGAUUUUCAGGAAAUAUAAAAGAAAAUUUUCCUGAGCUACUUGCCUUUGAAAUUAUUACACUUAUAUUUUCUGUUCCGCUUAUGAUUUAUCAAUUUACAGUUAUACAAGCCCAUCUUCCACUUGAAAAAUCUCUUGGGAUUAUUCAAUGAAUCUUUAUAGGCCUUGAAAUAAUUUUUGGAUUAGCCGCAAUUUUUAGGCUGGUGAAAAAUCAAACUGCAAUCUUCUUUUUACGAAAUUCUCAGCCAGAUGUUUAUUAUAGAAAAAGCUCAAACUUAAAAACAGAUUAA